AUGUGCGAGCAAGCUAGCGGUGAUUUAGUACGAGAUCCCGACGUUAUCCCGCUCAAUGAGAGAAGAAGAUUGGUACAACAGGCUCUAGACACGUGUUCGUUCCCACCUCAGAUUGUCUUUCCUGAAUCUGUAUCGUGUGGAGCAAGCUUGGCUUCUUUUUUUUCUCGGCCGGUGUUGGUGUGGGUUCCAGAAGCAAGAAGACGAUGGAAGCGUCCGUUCUGUGUGGUGCCAAGAUGUCAAUGUGAGCCUAACGUGAAAGAGAGGAAGCAGCGUGUCAUUGAGGACGUCGGAUACAAGUAUAAUGUUCUCUAUGUGAAGUACCAGUGCACCCGCAAAGUUGCAAGCGGAAAGGCCAGGACGUUUUCAACGUUGAGCUCUAGCUUUCUCGAGGCUAACCCAGACGUGGCAGUACAUCUCCCGUUCGUCAUUACCAAGAAAAUGCAGUUUUCUAAGCGGUUAAUGGAGCACGUUCAUGAACAAAAUUCUCUCUCCCAAUGGAUUAUCGCGUACUACGAGUUGCUCUCAAAGUUUGAUUAUGCAGUCGGCCAGAAGUACCGCGAAAAUGCCGCUUAUUUGCCGCCGAUCCCGCCCACCGUCGAUGCAUACCUGAAAAAAAACAAGGUGGUGUCACAAAGCUCAAUGACCGACGCCUGGUUGGCGUACACUGAAUUAUACGGCUCUCUGUGUGAAGUAGUAAUGAAGCAGACCAAAGUGAAGAAGGUCCUGCGUGCUGAUCACUCGGUGAAGUUCUGCAAACGAUUGAAACUGUGGAGCGGUCAUGGACAACGUGAUAAUCUAGCAGACGCAAAAAUGUUGCUUCUGUUGCAAAAUGAAAUCGGGCAGAUAGUUGGUCGGCGUCUGACGAGCUCCGAAAACAAAGAUGAGACCAUGCAACUACUCUCUGACGUUCGACUGCAGCUCGAUGCAGACGGCGACUGCUAUUUCAUCUCUGAUAAUGCGGCAGCCGUGCGGAAAUUCGUUGUGGAAGCGCUGGGCGAUUCUGUCGUUGUCAAACAGGAUCCUUUCCAUGUGAUUCAACGCUUCAGCCAAAAGCUGAAGUCAAAACCCAAGCGGAAGUUGCUGUGCCAGGAGUUGUCAAGUGCGAUGUAUGACGUAGAUCGUGAGUUAAGACCCCCGGUGGAAAUGGAAGCUAACUUGCGAGCAGUGCUUAGCAAGAUAAGUGAUAGCGAGUUG